AAAAGUCACUUUCGGUUCCCCAUGAAACAACUCUUAUUAAACCUGUUCUACAUGUAAAAGGGGAAGUUUAGUUCACAACUGACAGUUUCGAGACACGGUUGACACUUUUCAACACGUUUUGUUCCACGACGGACACGUGUAUGUGGGAGCCAGAGUACGGCCCCAGCCACCCAGAGAGCCCAAUCCACAAACAGCAGGUGUGGCGCCCAGAGAACCAGGGAUCACCGGCCCAGUAGCCAGGCCGGCCAGCGACAGGAACCCCAGAGGCCCACCGUGCCGCCCGGUAGAGCCAUCAGCAGGCAGCAGACAUAUGCGCCCAUUAGAGGACAAGGUGAGAAGAGUGAAUCCGCUGAGGGAUGUCCUUUUGGAGCGAGUAUGGAAUCACGACUCUCUCUCCCUGAAAACCAGUCCAUUUCGGGUGCCCAGUUCAUCCUGUAACAAGUAAAAGUUAGUUAUUUCAACCGCUGAGAUUGGCACAUAAUCAACCAUGUUGACACAUUCGACCUACAACCCAGUCUGACUUUUAUUGCCGUUUUGCAGAUGGCGGACAUGUACAUCCAUGAAGAGUUGAAAAACGGCAAUCCGAUUGUCGCUCCGCCCAAUGAAAUGCUAGAUGCAGGGCAGGUAGACGACAUGCAGGGCCAGAUGGAGGAGUUCCUGGGUCCACAGGCAGAAUACAAUGAGGAGGAGGAAGAGAGAAAAUACUAUAGGAGGAAGCGAUUAGGCAUCAUCAAAAAUGUUGUUGCAGCAAGUGUUGGAGCCAUGAUUGUGUACAGCGUGUACAUGGGGCUGCUGCAAAUGCAACUGAUCCUGCAUUACGAUAUGACUUAUCGUGAAGUCAAGUACAGCAACCUGGGCCUGGAGGACAUUGAUCGCAAGAUACUGCAAGGCAUCAAUGUGACGCCCAUAGUAGCGCUGCUUUACACUCCUAUUCUUAUCCGGUUCCUUGGAACAAAGUGGAUGAUGUUCCUGGCUUCGGGUAUCUAUGCGUUUUUUGUCUCGACCAACUACUGGGAGCGUUACUACACGUUGGUUCCGUCUGCCAUCGCCAUCGGUGUGGCCAUCGUGCCGCUGUGGGCCUCUCUCGGAAACUACAUCACUAGAAUGGCACAGCAGUACUACGAGUAUGUCAACUACAAGGAAGAGCAUGUGCAAGAGCAGAAAAAGAUUCCGAAAGGAGCGUGCCACAAAUACAUCAUCAUCUUCCAAUCCAUCUUCAGCGCCAUCUUCCAUCUUAGCUUCGUGUUUGCAGAGUUCCCCAUGUGUUUCAUCCUCAACGGCAAUCUACAAGAUAAAGGUCACGUUCUAAGCAACGUCCAUGAAUGUGGAGCCACGAUCACAGGUGUGAUUCCUGGAUUCAAUACCACGGUGCUGAAAAAUCUACCAAGCUCUAUGCGGCUGAUCCAAGUAGAGAGUGUUCUUAUGGGCUUUGCCUUCCUGUCCAUGAUCAUCUUCCUUGUGCUUUGUGGAGCUGCCUACCGCCCGACAGAGGAGAUUGACCUCCGCAGCAUCGGCUGGGGGAACAUCUUCCAGCUUCCUUUCAAACACCUCAGAGACUACCGCCUACGACUUCUCUGCCCUUUCUUCAUCUACAGCGGACUGGAAGUUCUCUUUGCCAUCAGCGGGCUCUCUUUGUCCUAUGGCGUUUGCACUUUGGGUCUGAAAAAACUGUGGCUCCUCGUGAUGGUUUAUGGAUUUUCUUGCUCCGUCUUCUCCACGCUGUCCCUCGGCCUCCUGCGUCUCCCGCGAUGGACAUGUCUGGCAGGGGGCGCCGUUGUGCAUUUUGUGCUGUUGUUGGUUCUCAUGGUGUUUUCUCCGGCUCCCCAAAACCUGGUGUAUGAGGGACCCCUGCUGGUGAUCUCCAUCCUGUGGGGUCUUGGCACAGCUCUAAACAAGACUGGAGUCAGCAUCUUGCUUGGUAUUUUGUAUGCGGAGGAGAAAGAACGCCUGGACUUUGUCUUCACCAUCUAUCACUGGUUGCAGGCCAUCGCCAUCUUUGUCGUCUAUCUCUGGUCAGGGUUGCCUAUGAGGGUCAAACUUGCCCUCCUGUUAGCAACGUUGCUGCUAUCUUGCUACUGCUACUGGCUAAUGGAGCGUCGCCUAAUGAAGAAAGAACGCCAUCGACUUCCCCGCAUCCCACGACCGAAGCACAAGGUCAAAGGCUAUCGCUACCUAGAAGACGGCAACUCAGACGAGUCAGACUCGGAGAAAAGCGAGGAGGAUGAUAUCGAGGAAGAGGAGCAGUUGGCGAAUGAAAUGGGAGCGCUGGACAUGCAGAAUGAACACCAGGACGGUGGGGUACUGGGGGGUGACUCACUCAGGGCCAGGAGGAAGAGGGUAGAGGGUCAGCAGCACAUAGAGGAGGAUGCCCAGGUAAUGGAGGGCCACAGAGAGUGAUUUUGCCAUUUUUAAAGUGACAAUUAGCAGGGAUUUAAAUUCAAUGGUACAGGAAAUUCACCAAAUAGUGUACUAGUGUAGCAAACCACAUUUGUAUGGACAUAUUUUACAGACCUCCCCUCCCGCCCAACCCUAGAUGGAUGAUUUUAAUGACUUCAUGUGAGCUCAGGCACCAGUUGAGCUGAACGGAUGUUUUUUGAAACAACCCAACAUGUGUCUCAGCUUGUCCUGGUGACGCUAAUAGGCCAGGGGUGUCAAAAAACAACAACAGUAACACUAUAGGACAAGAGAGCAAGAAGAAAUUAAGUGCAAUAUGAGUAAAAGUAGACAUUUUCAAAGUAAUAAUUACUGAUAAUAUAUGGUACUUGGUCACCUAUAGCACAAAGCUGACACAAAGUUGUUUAAGUAUAUAUAAUGUUUGUUUUCAACAUUUUUUAAAAGAAAACUAAAAAUUUACUUUGAUUUUCGGUGAGAAAAAUUUGGACACCACAGGUAGAAAAAAAUUAGAAGCUCAAAAAAUUCAGUAAAAAUAUAAACACUGUUUGGUUAUUUAGUUAAUUAAAUGGACUAUAACAAUGAACAAACAAAGUAAUACUAUUAACUCUUGAAUAAUGAAUUUGAAAAAUGUAAUACAUGUUUGACUUAGUAUUAAUGUUUUUGUGCAGGCAGUAUUUUUGACAAACUAAGUUUUGAAGUUACACAGGAACUUUGUUAUUGUUAUUAUUAUGAUUGUUAUAAUUAUAUUCUCAUAAGAGGAGCUUGUAACAUUUUGUCAAAAAAUAACUUAAAAACAGUACAAAUGUAAUGGGGGUCCUUUCCCAGGUUUCUCAUAGUCAUUCAUAUUGACACCCCACAGGGUUGUGAGUUUUUCCUUGCCCUUAUGUGGGCUCUGAACCGACGAUGUCGUUGUGGCUUGUGUAACCAUUUGAGACACUUGUGAUUUACGGCUAUAUAAAUAAACAUUGAUUGACAUUGAUUGAUUGAUUGUUUCUCCAGUUACGAGCUGCGUCACAGAACCAAUUACACUUCUAUCCUGAUGUACUAGGUUUUCAAGAAACAGCUUGCAUGUUAGCUUUGUGUUGUUAGCAUCAACAUUUUAACUUUUUUUUCCUUGCGUUAUAUAAUUUUUGCUGUUUGUGUUUAUAAAAUGUACACUCUUUACGCCAGUGUUUGUUCCGAUUAAACCGUGACCAUUUCCAUGAUGCUACGCUAAGUGUAUGACAACAUAAUACCUUGUAACCGAUACUAAAAACAAUAAACAUAGUGUUGCCAUAACAUUUAAAAACAAAUGCUUGAAAAUAGACAUACUGGAAGGUAUUGGCUAAUUCGAAUAUGUGUUUGCUGUUGAAGACUUCCUGUGUUUCUUCUGAAUUUAUAUGUUUUUUUCAGUUUUGCAUUAAAUAUGAAUCACACUAACCUUUGCCGUGGUGUCAUUUGGAAAUAGUAUUGCCCAAAAAAUCACUACCUUUUGUUGUUACUAUCAUAAACAGUUAUUGUUUGAACAAAUAUGCUCUGGAAUCUUUACAAAGAAAAUUAAGAUCAUUAGAAAGUAGAGUAAAGACACCAAGUGGCAGCUCAACCUGGGUGCCAUAAACAUAUAAAUGUAUGCAUUACUGCAAAUGCUUUCCAAAAAUAAUCGAAAAUUAAAGUAAGUCUUGCAACUCGCUAAUCGGAAAAAAACAUCAUGUCCACUUGACCUGCUUCCUGAGAAAUAUAAAUGGGUUAUACUUGUAUUGCGCUUUAUAUACCUUCAAAGUACUCAAUGUGCUUUGAUGGCGGGAGCUCCCAUGCAAAGCCCUUACAACGACCCAUCAGGAGCAAGGGUGAAGUGUCUUGCCCAGGGACACAACGGACAUGCCUAGGAUGGUAGAAGCCGGGGAUCAUACCAGGAACCCUGGCACGCCGACAUUCAUCAAUCGAGGUUCAGGGCAAAUCACUCUACUGAAACAGCCUUCGUAAAAGCGACUAAUCUAUUGCUAACUAUGGAGGCUGAUGCAUCAUCCAUGUUGCUGCUACUUGAUCUCGAUACCGUCGAUCAUCACAUUCUAUAGAACUUAGCAACUUACCUUGUUUACCUGUAUGUCAUCUUUUUUGUAAGGGGCGCUGGAAGCCGGCAGACCCGUCAGCGAUCCUGUUCUGUCUCCCUGUAAUGUUUGUCUGAUCUUGAAUGGGAUUGUGCUGAAAAUUGUAAUUUUCCUGAAGGAACUCUCCUGACCGAAUAAAUAAAGUACUAUCUAAUCUGAA